AUGAAGUUUUCUCUAAGUUUACUGAUUGCUGGUUCCAUCUUCUAUGCCAAUCACGCUUUGUCGGCUNNCCCUAGUCCCGACCCCAAGGCCGCUUGGGUUCGACAAGGCAGGGCAAGGAAGGCUGCGUCGAGAAUUGGAAAACGCUGGUUAAAUGAGACAUCAGCACAACCGAUUGUCACCUCGUGUUCGAACAACGACUACACCAAGACAUUGGCUCCCAGGACCAACGUUUGGGGAGGCUUAACCGAUGUCGAAGCCGCCUCAAUCACCCAGUGGUUAUUCGCUCAGCCAGAGUUUAACCUCACUCUCAGCGAUGAGGCCGGCGAAUGGGACAACACUAUUCUCUUGGUCGAGCUCAUGCACCCAAACAAAACAGACGUUCUAAACUAUUUCGAUAACGCUGGACCGGCCCCAUCCCGAUAUGCUCACGUCGUAUUGGACCAUCGAGCCUGCGAGGAGCCUUACUACGAGGAUAUCCUGGUCGGUCCGAUUGAACCGUCUGGUGUUAAGAAUGGCACAACAAGAUGGGAGCCCCUCGAAUAUCCUUACACUCGCAAGACAGCUGGCCGUGUGCGCAAUUUGGAUGCUGAUUCUGAUGACACUCUAUACUCUCAAUGGAUAUACAAGAUCAGUGCUACAAUUGCAGAUAUCACACUCGACCUCUGGGGAGGAACCGCUCUUGGGCAUGAUAACGAUACCCUUUCCAUAUGGGGCAUUGAUCCUCUUUGGCAAGAUGACGGACGCGUCAUUCGAUGGGAUGCUUUCUGGUCCAACACAGUCGACAAAUUUGACACACAGACACUUCUGCCACUGGGUCUUUACUUUAGGAGUGAUGUGACAGGACGCGAUCCUAGCCAAUGGAGCUUAGAAGGCUGGUAUUAUAAUGGCAUCUUCUACGAUACGACUGAUGCGUUCCGGAAUGCGUUCUACACGCCGGGAUUCGCCAAGCUGGGAGCCAACGUUGAAGGCGACUGGGCACGAACCGACCAGAAUGGACCCUUGCUCCCGCUUGACACGUCCCACCCUCCUGUGUCUGUUGCUCCCAGUGGUGCUAGAUUUGCGGUCGAUGCUGAGAACAAGUGGGUUCAAUGGAUGGACUUUUCAUUCUUUGUCGGCUACCAGCGUGAUACCGGACUUAGUCUUUGGGAUAUCCGCUACAAAGGCGAAAGAGUACUAUACGAACUAGGUCUACAAGAAGCGCUGGCUCACUACGCUGGCCAAGAUCCUCUCCAGAGUGGUACUGCCUAUCUGGACAGCUACUAUGGUUUCGGCCCUUACGCCUUCGAGCUCGUGAAGGGCUAUGACUGCCCAGCAUAUGCUACCUAUCUCAACACCUCCUUCUACGUGUCAGAGACAACGCACACGCAUCUGAAUAGUCUUUGUUUGUUCGAAUACACUGCCGACUAUCCUCUCCAACGACACAGCACCUCUGAUUAUGUCAGUGCGACAAAGAAUACUUACUUCACUAUUCGAUCCGUCAGCACUGUUGGAAACUAUGACUAUAUGUUCUCUUACUCUUUCUACAUGGGUAAGUUUCUCAGACCAUGGAACCUAGAUGUUCCAAAGCUAACCUGUGGCNNAGACGGAAGCAUCAAUGUCGAAGUUCGUGCUUCAGGAUACAUCCAGAGUGCAUACUACGCCAACAACGAUGAAUAUGGCUACAAGAUCCACGAUAACCUCUCUGGCAGUAUGCACGACCAUGUACUGAACUUCAAAGCAGACUUCGACAUUCUAGGUACCAACAACACCGUGGCUGUUGUCAAUCAAGUGCCUGUCUCAACGACUUAUCCAUGGUCUGAAGGAAAAGCGCGUAACACGAUGAAGCUGGAAAAGUCCUACAUUGACUCAGAAGACGCGAGUCGUCUGUACUGGGGACAAAAUAGCGCGACUCAGUACAGCGUGGUCAACAAAGACGCAGUCAACAAAUAUGGAGAGUAUCGAGGCUACCGCAUCUCGCCCUCUCUCGGAGCCAUCCACCUCACGGUCGAAGACUCGAGUAACUUGGCCAACGCAGCCCGCUGGGCAAAUCAUGGUCUUCAAGUCACCAAGCAGCACGACACAGAGCCCCGAGCCGCACAUGCCUACAACAAUCAAGAUGUACACAACCCACCCAUCAACUUCGACGCUUUCUUCAACAGCGAAAAUCUGACACAGACCGAUCUCGUACUCUGGCUGAAUUUGGGAAUGCAUCAUAUCCCUCACACCGGCGAUCUACCCAACACAGUCUUUUCGACAGCUCAUGCCGGUCUCUCCUUUUCACCUCUAAACUACCUUGGCGGUGACCCGAGCCGUCAGACAGUCAAUCAAGUCAGAAUCGACUAUGGAGGCGGUAACACGAGUGCUGUGGAGACUUUUGGGCAAGAGCAGGGUACUUGUGCGGUCAACUUUAGUCCUGUGGAAGUGGAUCUUUGGGGCUACAAGGGUGAUGUGGUGGUUAGAAAGUUUCCUUUUGAUCCCAACAACCCCUACUACGAGACGGACGCCAUUGUUUAG